CUCAGCCUGUGUGUAACCCAUUGUUUCUAAAGAGCUGCUGGCUGCAGGAGCCACCAAGGUCUUGGGCCAGCUCUGAGUUCUUUGCUGAGAUGAAGGUGUAACCAAGGAAGGAGCUUGAAAGUAAAAAAGGACAGAAAAUGAAAGCAGAGAGCAUAGGCGACCCGGGCCAUACACCGUGGCCACGGAGCAGGAGGGCUUCUCCCCUGAGGGAUUGGCCAACGACUCGGCUACUCCCCUGACCAUAAAUGGCUUGGCCAGAGCUCUUUUGGAGCCACCUCUUCUGUUGGCACCCUUGCUCUCCCAGUUGGAUGUUCCUACAAAUGCAAGACACAAGCCAAUAACACCAGCAAAAAGUCGAGGUUGCCGAGGACAGCGUUUAGAGAAGGCUCUUGGGAAGCUGUUGGAAAUGAGUUUUUCACUGAACUUCACACUGCCGGCCAACACGGUGGGUACAGCGGCCCCCGCUUACCAGACUUCCUCUCCAGUUGUGACUGAUGGAAAAGGAACCGACUGCGGGCCUUCUCUUGGGUUAGCAGCAGGCAUCCCAUCCCUGGUGGCCACGGCCCUGCUGGUAGCCUUACUGUUUACUCUGAUUCACCGACGAAGAAGCAGCAAUGAGUCCACUGAGGAAAGUGAGAAGCCUUGUGAAAUUACAGAAAUCUAUGACAGCCCCAGGAUAGCUGAGAAUCCUAGGAGGUUACCUACCCAAGAGAAGAAUAUGAUGGGAGGAGAAGAAGCCCACAUAUAUGUGAAGACAGUAUCAGGAAGUGAGGAGCCCAUGCGUGACACUUACCGCCCUGCUGUCGAAGUGGAAAGAAGGAGGGGCCUGUGGUGGCUCAUUCCCAGACUGAGCCUGGAGUGAGGCGGCGAGCCAAGCAGCAGACCUGGAGCUGGGAGCGAGCUAAACAUACAGGGAUCGAUCGUGCCCGGAGCGAGGAGAGAAGCCAAGCUGCUGCUUAACCACUCCAAACUUCAUUUGCAGAUCUGGAAAACUUCAGGGUUGAUUUUACUCUUUAAGGAACUGAUCUGAUAAAGUGCAUUCUGACUCUCAGACCUUGUGGUUUAAUAAUCAGUGAAGUCACUGUGCAUUCAAAAGGAGCCCUUGAAACUUGCUCCUGACCCCCAGUGGGGAUUUGCUUUUCUUUAUGAUUUGGGGAAAGGAGUUUGAUUUCUCAGUGGCUCACCUUUUCAUCUUUUUUCACAUCCAUUUUCUCAAAAAAGCCAUUAGACCUGGCUUCCAUGGACAGAUUGGCCAAGGCUAACAUGGUGCGGGUUGGGAUUUAAAUGAUACUCAAAGGGGACGUGUGAGAAGGAGCAGUUCUUUAUCUCUGAACACCUCAGGGUAGAAAUCAGGGGGAGCCACACGUUCCCUGACCACAGGGGCAGCCCGUGGCUGGGUCAUUCAUCUCUCUCUCUUGUGAUCAGAGGGUAUUCAAAGUGUGUGUGUUGUGGGGGUUGGUGAGCACAUGUGUGUGCUGAGGGUAAAGAGGGUGGAAGGAAGGCAGAGAUUAUUUCAAAAGAUUAUUAGAAAUAGGGGCUAUACUUAUUUUGUGGGAAUAGAGAGAAAGGUUCAAGUCCUUGGACCAUCAAUGGGGAAUAUCUCAUGAGCAGGAAGAGAGGUCAAGAGGACUCUGGGUGGGUGAACACAGGACCAAAGGGAUGAUCCAGGUACCAACGUGACUGUCAUUUGAGGGGAGCCCAUGAACAGCGGUAGCUGGAUCAGGCAAGGUGUCCACCAUCGCUCCUGGGAGGAGGCUUCUGGGAGUCCUGGUUCCCUAGCACAGGUCCAUUGUUCCCCUGAUGGGAGAACCUGGGUCCAGGAGAUCUCGGGUCUACCCACCAGCUGCACGGGCCACCUUGAGGAGCUGUGGAGAUAUUCCUUUCUCACACGGGACCCCUAAAUGCUCAGAAACAUGGCUCCUCUAAUUCAAACAACCCAGGACAGAUUCUUCACACCCCAUCACUGCCAUGCCAACACGUGCUCGUCAAAGCUCCUUGUGAAAUUCAGUUUUGUGCUAAGACCCCUGAGUCUAGACCCGUUAACAAGCAGAUCUGGCUGUGAUCCAGGUGCUCCUACUUCUCUUACCUGUUGAGAAGGAGCUUGGAUUUGCUGAGAACAUGACUGUGGCCUUGGCCUUGACACUCAUAGGUGUGAGCUCUGGGGCAGAUCAUGGACCUUAGCUCUGUAGGUACAAAAUGGAGACUGUCAUUUUCUUCCUUCUACCCUUAGGGGUGUUGCGAGGGUGAACGGAAACAUGACUUAGUCUAUAAAGUAAGGUGUGACUUAUAUUUUGGACCAUUUAUUUCAUGUAAUUCUGCUUACAAUCCAUUGCUUAUUACCUAAUUUUAAAUGGUUUAUACUAAACUAUCAAGGUUCAAUAUUUCUGUCACCUUUUUUCUGCUGUGAUGCACAAGAGCUUAUUUUGGAAUAAAGUGAAAA